GGGAGGAGCGGGGGGCGACUUCGGCGCCGAAGGAGGUUCGGACGCGCACGAGGCGCACGCGGCCCGCGCUCUCGCCGCGCUGGGAUUGGCCGGCCCGCGGCGUCCUCCGCCCCCAGCCGCCGAGGCGGACUUCCUGAGGGUUUUUUUCCUUCUCUCCCGUGUCGCUCGCGGGGAGAGAGUCGGUCGCCAAGCUCGGAGGUCCGGGAGUGCCCAGCGGCCGCCGCGCGAGGAGGCCGCGCCCCGCACCUGGCGCCAUGAGGCCCCGGAAAGCCUGCCUGCUGGUGCUGCUGCUGGCGCUGGCGCAGCUGCUGGCCGCGGCGGGCGCCCAGGGGGCGGACGAAGAGUCUCAUGGAGAAAAUGCCAUUGAGGAUGAAGAGGAAGAGGAGGAGGAAGAUGAUGAAGAGGAAGACGACUUGGAAGUAAAGGAAGAAAAUGGUGUGUUGGUCCUAAAUGAUGCAAACUUUGAUAACUUCGUGGCUGACAAAGACACGGUGCUGCUGGAGUUUUACGCUCCGUGGUGUGGACAUUGCAAGCAGUUUGCUCCGGAAUAUGAAAAAAUUGCCAGUGUCUUAAAGGAUAAUGAUCCUCCCAUUGCCGUUGCCAAGAUCGAUGCGACCUCGGCAUCCAUGCUGGCCAGCAGGUUUGAUGUGAGUGGGUAUCCCACCAUCAAGAUCCUUAAGAAGGGGCAGGCUGUCGACUACGAGGGCUCCAGGACCCAGGAAGAAAUUGUUGCCAAGGUCAGAGAGGUCUCCCAGCCCGACUGGACACCUCCACCAGAAGUCACACUUGUGUUGACCAAAGACAACUUUGACGAAGUUGUGAAUGAUGCAGAUAUCAUUCUGGUGGAGUUUUAUGCCCCUUGGUGUGGACACUGCAAGAAACUUGCCCCCGAGUAUGAGAAGGCCGCCAAGGAGCUCAGCAAGCGCUCACCUCCGAUUCCCCUGGCAAAAGUCGACGCCACCGCAGAAACGGACCUGGCCAAGAGGUUCGAUGUCUCUGGCUAUCCCACCCUGAAAAUUUUCCGCAAGGGGAGGCCUUUUGACUACAAUGGCCCACGAGAAAAAUACGGGAUUGUUGACUACAUGAUCGAGCAGUCCGGACCUCCCUCCAAGGAGAUUCUGGCCCUGAAGCAGGUCCAGGAUUUCUUAAAGGAUGGAGACGACGUCAUCAUCAUUGGGGUCUUUGAGGGCGAGAGUGACCCAGCCUACCAGCAGUAUCAGGAUGCCGCUAACAACCUAAGAGAAGAUUACAAAUUUCACCACAGUUUCAGCACUGAGUUAGCAAAGUUCUUGAAAGUCUCCCCAGGGAAGUUGGUUGUAAUGCAGCCUGAGAAAUUCCAGUCCAAGUAUGAGCCCAGGAGCAACGUGAUGGACAUUCAGGGUUCUACAGAGGGGGCGGCCAUCAGGGACUACGUGGUGAAGCACGCCUUGCCCUUGGUGGGCCACCGCAAGACCUCCAAUGAUGCCAAGCGGUACAGCAAGCGCCCCCUGGUGGUCGUCUACUACAGCGUGGACUUCAGCUUUGAUUACAGAGCUGCUACUCAGUUUUGGCGGAACAAAGUCCUGGAGGUGGCCAAGGACUUCCCUGAGUACACCUUCGCCAUUGCCGACGAGGAAGACUACGCCACGGAAGUGAAGGACCUGGGGCUCAGCGAGAGCGGGGAGGACGUCAACGCGGCCAUCCUGGACGAGAGCGGGAGGAAGUUCGCCAUGGAGCCAGAGGAGUUUGAUUCCGACACACUCCGCGAGUUUGUCACGGCUUUCAAAAAAGGAAAACUAAAGCCGGUCAUCAAAUCCCAGCCAGUGCCCAAGAACAACAAGGGGCCAGUUAAGGUCGUGGUGGGGAAGACCUUCGACUCCAUCGUGAUGGACCCCAAGAAGGACGUCCUCAUCGAGUUGUACGCACCGUGGUGCGGGCACUGCAAGCAGCUGGAGCCCGUGUACACCAGCCUGGCCAAGAAGUACAAGGGCCAGAAGGGCCUGGUCAUUGCCAAGAUGGAUGCCACCGCCAACGACGUCACCAGCGACCGCUACAAGGUGGAGGGCUUCCCCACCAUCUAUUUCGCCCCCAGUGGGGACAAAAAGAAUCCAAUUAAAUUUGAGGGCGGAGAGAGAGAUCUGGAGAAUUUGAGCAAGUUUGUGGAAGAACAUGCCACAAAACUGAGCAGGACCAAGGAAGAGCUUUGAAGGCCUUGAGGUCUGCAGAGGGUGGGAGGUACGGGACACAUGGCAUUCCAGCAGUGGCGGGCCAGGGCACCACGACAGCCUGCGGCUGAGGCCAGUGACGCAAUGGCAGUAUCACAAUUCUUUUUUUAUUUUUUUUUUAUGCUUUGGUAUUUCACCUCAUGUUCUGAAUCCUGAAUAGCCACGAGUGACUCAAUAGUUUAGUCCAGAUUUUUACAGAGGAUAUGCCUAUUUUUAUCAUGUGGGGGUUGGGUUGUUUUUUUUUUUUGUUUUGUUUUUUUGGCACCUUCUACUUUCUUUACUGUUUUCUCAGAACAGAUAAGUUGAAUCCCCUUUGUGUGAAAAUGUUUUUUUUUUUUAAGUUUAAAAAACCUUUGCCAAAUUGUGGAUUUUGCCCAUUUUUUUAUCAUUUUCUGAGGAAUUGUUAGCGUAAGAAGAUUCAGCUACUGUUAUGUGUUAGUUUUUGGUUUGUUCCUGUCAUGGCACAAAGUAAGAACUGUCACCAAGCACCCUGCCAAGGAUGACAUUUCCAUCUGACCUGGGAGCCGCCUGCCCAUCCAGGGAGAGGCAGCGUGCCCAGGCAGGACUGGGCGUCACUGUGCCAGCUCCCUGCAAACCAAGCGCCAGGGUGGAAGAACAUUGCCCAGGGUCCCCCAGACCCUACUCAGCUCCAGGGAGAGGCCACCCACUGCGUCAGAGUCCCCGUCAUUGGGGUAGAAAUGACCUCAGACCCAGACAUGGAUACUUCAGGGUGGUGGAAAAAGAGGGUAGGCUGUCGUAAUGGAAUAAAAACAUUAUCACAAUUGA